GGGAUUUUCUGAACGAGUUAAUCUUGGAAGAACUUUGGAUUACUUCAAGAAGAAUGUCAACUGUUCCGGAACGGAGAGCUCAAUCAGUGAAUGCGUGGGUGAUAUGGAGUACUGCUUCUAUCGAAAACAGGACGGUUGCCUUAGACUGUCAUUAGAGUACCAGCAUGUCGCUUUAUUUUGCUCAGCUUACAAAAUACAAGGACUUAGACUGGGACCCGAUGGCAAACUCUUAAUGGAAAUAAACGAUCGCCAGUGGGUGUCGUGUAUAGAGUAUUUCUCAUUAGAGACUGCACAAUCAGCUUGUAGAAUUAUGGGAUACAGUGGUAAUGUCACAGUCACUGGAGAGAAAGCAGGAACAAAUGAUACGGAAAUCACGGGGACACUUGUGUGCAGUGCAAACGCCACUACUGUCGAGAACUGCGAACUGAAGCACCAGUUUAGUUACCGACCUUACCUGUUGGAAGCUGCGUGCACCGCAUACGUGCUACUCACGUGUGGAAACUCGAACACCGGCCGAUAAAAAUAUAAAAUAUAUGCAUAUGCACAGAUAGACAAAAUUUACUUUGUUAUUUUUCUUUUUGACAAUUUCGCUAAUCGCUAUUUUAGUAUGUUAACCCCAUUCAAUAAACAACAGCAAAAGGACAGACACGUAGUCCAAUUCAGGUCGAUAUUAUUGUUUAUGUUUGCCAUGUCAUUCUGCCGUGGUGUUGGGUUUAAAUAACGCCACAAGCCGCGCACAAUAAACACACAUAUCAUAAACGUCGUAUCGCAGCUUAUAGUUGUCGUGUUGUCUCACUCCAUAACAAACCAACAUACCAGAACGAUAUGGACAAAAUUCAGCCAACAUAUACCAUAGGCGUAACCAUGUAUGUGUUUGCUCGACUGUAUGUACGAUAAGAUGUAUUAUGUAUGUGUUUGCUCGACUUUAUGUACGAUAAGAUGUAUUAUUUCCUACUAUCAGUUUAGGUAAAAGGACAUGGUAAAAUAGACACAAUGAUGAAAUAGUUGUUACAAUCACGAUAUUUAGUUGGUACAAUUAUGUAAAUGAUCUAUAUUAUUUGUCGUAUACUAUUGACUACCAUUAUAAUAAGUUUUUAUAUAUGAUGUGUAUGUUAUGCGUUAAGUCGUUUAUUUAGUAACUGUCGAUAGCAUUUGAUUGACAACAAUUUAAAAAACAAUCUUAGACACAGAAAUGCAUUUCAAAAAACGUGCCUGACACUUAAAAGCCUGGUACCACAAGCAGAGUUUACAUAAGAACAUAAUCAUUUAAUGACUUGUUUUAUUAGUUCCUAUCGCAUUUUCAAACAGUGCAUUGUUCCUAGCUCGUACAGGUUUUUUUUAAAUUAGAUAAUGCUCUGACAAGACUAUUUAAUUCUAACAUUCAAGGCUGCCGUAUCAUUUUUCUUUUUUUUUAUAGUGAAGGGACAUAAUGGAUGCGCUCUUGAGUGGACGUUCCAACGUUGUGGCAUUAUGGCAUAUUACAUUAUUUCCGAACGUGACGUGGAUUCAUUGACAUUGAAUUCACACAGUGCAUGUAGCUUGUGCUGGACGAACGUAUAAUGUAUCAUCCGUACUGACUGAUAUUUGCAAUAUCCAUUUUUAUAAUAAUAUAAAGCUGUGUUCUAUGUACUGGGGUUAAUUAUUUUACAUUAAGUUUUUCCGUAAUCUGUA